UAUAUUUUCUCCGUCUAGAUCGGCCCCCAGAAUCUUCCAAUGACCCUAUAAAACCCCUCGUCCAACUUACAUCUCAAACAACAAUUUCAGCGCGCUUUCUCUUGCUCCGUUUCUUUAACGCAGACGUCUUCAAUUUCUCCCAUCGCUUUCUUCUUUCAACUACUUUUUCCAAUUUUCUAAAAUGGCCGUAUCGGAUUCUAUGCCCCAACAGGAGAUGGCUAAAGAAGAGGAACAGAGACUCAAGUACCUUGAGUUUGUCCAAGUUGCAACCCUCCAUGCUGUGCUGUGCUUCUCAAGCCUUUAUGAAUAUGCCAAGGAGAGGUCUGGUCCUUUGAAGCCUGGUGUUCAGACUGUCGAGGGAACGGUUAAGACUGUUGUGGCCCCCGUAUAUGACAAGUUCCAUGGUGUUCCCAUUGAACUACUCAGGUUCAUCGAUCGCAAGGUGGAUGAGUCUGUAAGCAAGUUUGGAAAGCAAGUGCCGCCUGUGGUUAAGCAGGUGUCAUCCCAAGCCGUCGCAGCUGCUCAGAAGGCUCCUAGUGUGGCUCGGGCUGUGACAUCAGAAGUUCAACGUUCAGGUAUCGUGGACACUGCCUCUGGGCUAGCAAAGUCAGCGUACACAAAGUGUGAACCUGCAGCCAAGGACCUCUACACCAAAUAUGAACCAGUGGCUCAGCAUUAUGCUGUGUCCGCAUGGCACUCACUCAACCGGCUUCCCCUCUUCCCUCAGGUGGUUCAAGUUGUCGUGCCAACAGCUGCCUACUGUUCUGAGAAGUAUAAUCAAACAGUACUCAGCACAGCAGAGAAAGGUUACAAGGUCUCCACAUACUUGCCAUUGGUUCCCACUGAGAAGAUCACCAAAGUGUUUGGGGCCGAGGUUCAGAGCCAUUAAUUCUAAGAGCUGAUGCUAUUGUGCAUUGAGGUUACAUGGUUGUUACUUUCUAUGGUUCUUUUUCUAUGUUUUGGUGAAUGAUAAAAUCUUCUACUUUAUACUUUCGUUUGUAUCCUGAUACUCUUGGUAUGCUUAAUCCAUGCGAUAUCCUCGGUGGUGUUGCGACUUUUCUUAUUCUUAGGAAAAUGUCAAAAAGGUUGCCAAUUUUAUAAAGGAUUCUCCUUGCCAGCCAGUUAGGUUUCAA